AUGAAACACUUGACCGCUCUUGUUAAUGUUGCUAAACAUUCGAAACCAUAUCACCACUAUCCAAGGGAGGAAAAAAUAAAAUACAAGUUAAUUGCGAGGAAAUGGCUUUACCACCUGAGGGUGAACAAAUCAAAUAUAUCAAAAUAUGUGCAAAAAUACUCACAUCUUAAGUACAGUUCUAUAGGUGUAACUGUUAGAAGUGUUUCUCAUUCUGAUCCAACAAAGAGAAAAAAUAAAAAGUUGGAAUCAACAACAUAUGAGACUACAUUUUCUAUAAAAAGUAACAUCAUAAAUCUUAUAAAUGGUGUUAAAUCAAUGAACGACCAAAAUGGGAAAAUAAAUUACAAAGUCGUGAAACAGCUAGCGGACACAAUUCUCGCUAUGAGAAAUGUUGUUGAUGGUGGUCUCACCAGAUUGAAGAAAAAAUACGUAAUCGGUUUCAUUUGGACAUUGGCCAAAAUUAUAAACCAUAUAGAAAAAAACAAAAUAAUGAAUGAACAAAUUGUACUAAAUUGGAAAUGCAUUUUUAUUUAUUUUGCAUACAUGUGUAUACAUCAACAUGUCCCUUUGGUAGAAACAGAAGGAAAAGACAUCGACACACGACAAUAUGUUUUUUCAUUUCUUUCUGUCCAUUUAAGUGAAGAACAUUUGGAAAAAAUAUCUAAAUCCAUGUUUUGUGAUGAAAAGGGAUUCGUAAGUUACUUGCUUAACUGGUGGAAGAAGAAGCAUGGAAGUGAGGGAAGUCUUCUACCCACUCUACGUAGGGUGGAUGGAAGUACCUCAAGUGGUGCAAAUUUUCAAAAGACAAAAAAAAAUCCAUAUCCGAAGAAUGAUAUUUCCAUUCCUCAUCCGCAUAGGACGUCCAUGUCGAAUGACCUGUUAAAAAUAUUCAACAAAAACACAUUUAGUGAAAUGCUGAAAUCAGUGAAGAAUCACGUACUUGAAAAAUUGAAACAGGAAAAUCUUGACAUAAAGACGUUGAUAAAUUUUUUAGAAAUGGUUAACAAAAAUGGAAGUGAUAGAUUUAAAAAAACAGCGAAUGAUAUAUUAUUAAGUAAGCUAAAGUACAGCGAAAAUUACAUUUCCAAUUUCUCAAUUUUUGAGUUAUGUCGAUUUGUAAAUAUAAUGGUUAAUCAUGGGAUACAAAACAUUUACACUGAAGAUGUAAUUCUACCAUUAAUUAUCAACAUAUUGCUUCAUAAACAAGUGUAUAUAGAUAAUGGAAAAGUUCACGUGUUUAAUAAUAUCCUUCCAAAUUGUUAUGAUUUUACACAAAAUGAUAACUGCUGCGUUGCACACUCUUUAAUGAAAGUGGAAAAUAUAAAAAAGUGCAACACUUGGUUAUUUGAAGCAAACACAAGAGAUAUAUCUUCCCUCAUAAGAGACUUUUCAAGAAUGUCAAUUCAGAAUAGACAAUUGUAUAGAACUCUAAUUAUGUGCUUUUUUUUUUUUUUUUUCAAAAUGGAUUAUAAACAUAUGAUCUCGUUAAAUAACAAAUAUAACAAAUGCAAAGAUGGCCAUGAGAAUCUUCUUGAGUCUGAAAAAAAAAUUUACGACUAUUCAAGCGUGUAUAAACAUUUGAAGUACAUUCAAAAGGGGAGAAGUGAAACAAAGUGUGAAAAUAAUUUCAAUAGACUAUGCGAAGAUCCCUUUUUUGAUUCAUCCAAAAUUGGUGAAAAAAUAGAACAAGUGGAUAUGCCUCUCAUUUUUGAGCAUCCGCUUAAUGACAUUCCUCAUUCUGGAGAAAAAAUCGAAAGCGUAAGUGGAGGUGGAACCCAAGUUGAAAAAGAAAAUGGAAUCUCGACAGAUACAGGAAAAGACAGGAAUGGCAAUAGCAGAAGUGACAAUAGCAGAAGUGACAAUAGCAGAAGUGGCAGCACCAGCAAUAGUAAUGUACCCAAACUGGAGAAACAAAAAAAGCACGAUAAACACAUGGAAAAAGGUGUAAACAUAGAAAAUAUGUUAGAUGCAAGAAACUGUGUGGAUAUUUUGGUUGGUUUAUCCAAUGUGAAUUAUUACUACGAUCCAUAUAUUCAAUUUUUUAUCCAAAAUCUUGUGCAUAAAAAGGGACAUAUAUUUUUUAAUUUGAAAAAUAUAACUAAUGUUGUACUAACCCUGAGGAGUUUGCUAACAUUAUGUUAUGACAAUAUGCCCAUCUUAGAACUUUUUUUUAAUUUCCUAUCUCUCAAUUUAAAGCAUGUUCAAUUGAAGCAACUUAUCAUGAUUUAUUACUCAACAUAUUUCCACAUUCUCAGAAGGUACAACAUGAACAAUGUAAAAUACUACCCCAAUGGGAAUAGGCUCUUUUGUGCCAUGUCAUUGGGGCUUAAGAGAAAUGCACACGGUUUGGAGAACAUUCAUGGAAGAGAAGUUGGUUCGGGUUCCAAUUCGGGUUCCAAUUCGGGUUCCAAUUCGGGUGCCAAUUCGGGUGCCAAUUCGGGUUCCCAUUCGGGUGCCAAUUCGGGUGCCAAUUCGGGUUCCAAUUCGGGUGCCAAUUCGGGUUCCCAUUCGAGUAUUGGUUCACAGGUUUUGGCAGAUGCUUGGCCGAGACCCCUCUGUGCAAUACAACCCCCUAGGGACGUGAGUCAUAAGCGGGAACCAGACAGAUGGAGAAGCAUCAAGACAUGUAAAAGCUCCAUACAUGAAGAACUCGAAUCAGCAAAGAGGGACCUAUUCAAAUAUAUGCAUAAAUUAGAAGAUGCAAUAUUAUGCAGAAAGAACGAAAUAGAGUCCAUGCAAGGUUUGGUGAAUUUUUUUUAUGCCAUGACAAACACGACAAAUACUUUAUCAAUUGAAAAGUAUCAAUUUUUUUACAAAUCAUUUUGGAGUAUAUUAAAAAGAGAAGGAAAAGACAAGAUAAAAAUGGAAACUAUUGUUCAAAUUUUUUUGUUACAUUAUAAAAACAGUGUAGUACAUAAAACAUUACUUUUGUCGUACUUAAUUCCUGUUUUACAGACUUACCCACAUGUAGAUAUACAUAGUUUAUAUCUAAUCACUUUUAUAUGUUUCCAUUUUAACUUAAUAAACAAGUCCUUCUUGAAUUUUUCAUUGCAUAUACUUCUAUAUGAAGCUGCCGAAGGAGAAUUGCGAACACAUAUUCCUCUCACAGAAUUGAAAAUACGUCACUAUUGCAUAAAGGAAGAAGGAGAAAAAAAAAAGGAGAAAAAUAAAUAUUAUAGCAUGAGUGAUUAUAUGGAGAGAACCAAUUUGGGGGAUUUUUCUUGGGACGAAUUAAUGGAAAAACAAAAUUUGGUUAAUGGAAGGCAAAAAAUGGAACCAAACAGAAACGAAACAAUCGAUAUUAACUACUUGCAUAAUAAUGAACAACGAGAUGUACAAUACAAGAUCAUCAAGUGUGCGUGGUCCCUACUUUUAAGUAAUGCGUUCUUGGAAAGCUCAUUAAGGACCUUUUUCAAAAUGUGCAUUUUGUUAAAAAGAGUAUUUUAUAAAAAAAAUAUUUUGAAAGAGGACGAUUACAAUAUGGUAUAUCAAAUAUUGGUAUGUUUAAAUAUGUAUUACAAGAAAAAUAAAAUAAUUUUUUUAAAAAAAAUGGGAAAUUUUAACAUUCCCAUUACAUUUUAUAUACCUUACUACAUAGUUAAAGAAACCGUGAGAAGGAACAUAAUUUUUUUGUCACAUCAAAAAGUAAACAUGUCCAGUUUUCAGUACAAAAUUUCUGACUAUUUUAAUAAAAAAAAAAUUAUGUACAAGUCAGAACAUUCUUUGAAACGUGGCAUCGUAGUCGAUUUUUUGAUCCAAAAAAAAAAAAAAGGGGGGGGGGAAUCCUACCUUGUCUUAGAGAUUGAUGGGAUAUAUCAUUACAACCUCUCUAAUGAUGAUAGAAAUUAUGAGAUUCAACAUAAUGGUAUGUACUUAGCUAUAAACGGAAGAACACAGUUUCGCAACAAUAUUCUACGAAUUCUAUACAAUUUGGAGUUUGUGUGCGUCCCAUGGUUUUUCUUUUUGCAACCCAGAUCGUUCAAACGGUUGGGCAUGAUACUAUCUGGGGUAAAAGAUUAA